AUGUCGAAAUUUCUGGAAAUUAAUAAGAGGGCGUUGGUCCCGGGAUAUCUGCACCGAAAAUCAAUGUCUUAUAUUCUUGAAGAGUUUCAAGGGAAUCUCCAGACGUUUCGUGGCUAUCCGUAUGGUUGUGCUUACGGAAAAGAGGAGGAAUGUGCUCAGUUAUUGAUGAAUGCAGCCAAGAAUAGACUUCGAAUGUACGGAUCGGCUCGCGAAUUUGCGAAGAAUCUGAAAAUCUACGGAAGUUUCAGUGGAAAUGAUUUAUUUUUCGAUUUAGAUGAAUUUCCGUAUCAAACGAAUGCAAUUGUCUAUAGAAGUCUGAAAAACGAUGAGGAAUACAUCUGCAAUUUGGAUCUUUUCGUGAUUCUUCAGAAUAUUCUUCUUAAAAUUUCGGAAAAUCCUCCGAUGCUACUUGCAGCGGGUCUUAAGACCGGUCUUGAUUAUUAUUUGAAGAAUUUGGACGAAGAAGUUAAUGAGAAUUCGCUCAAAUUUGUGCGAUUCGACGAGAAAAUUUUUGAGGGAAUCGAGAAGGAUUUGAGGGAGAUGAUUGCGAAACGGCGACCGAAUGGGCCCGAUCACCAACUAUUCUCUUCGGAAUUUCCUGAGAUCAAAUCUCUAGUAGAUGUUAUCGAAAAAAGACAAGAAUUGUUUCAUCCGACAGUUAAAGUUGUUCGUCUUUUUGAGGAUGGCGAUCAGAAGUUUGUGAUGAAAGCGGAAGUUGAUUAUAUACUCAACAAGACGAAAGAUGAUACUGAAAUUUGCUUUUUGCACACAAUGGGGAUGGAAGAAGCUGAACGGACACUUGGGAAAAACACUUUUGAGUUCAUCCGCUGCCCAAUCCAACGAGCUAAACACCGAGCUGUUCCCAUCAAAGGCUGUGGUGGUGGAAAACAAGAGUCCAAUUUUUACAUUCUCGCCGUCGACGCCCUAUUCGAAUAUCUGCGAAGUGUCAUUUUUGGUGCGAAAUUUCUCCAAAAAAUGUCGAAUUUCGACGAGUUUUCGCGUAUUUUAUCCGAUUUUCAGAACGUUUUUACGGUGGAAUUUAACCGUCCAUAUUUCAUCCGAAUGAGUGUGAUGAAUGGAUUAUCAGCAAAGUUGCCAUCCGAAGUAGAAAAACUUCCAGCGGAUGAAGUGAGAAUUUCUUUUUUUUUUCACACUGUGAGAAAUGCGAAAUGUGAUGGAUUCACUCUACAAAAUCUGAAGAAUGAGUUGAAGCAUCUCGGGCUCACUAAGGCGUUGCCUGAAAUUCAGGAUUACGCAGAAGUGGUUUAUGAUCAUGUGGAUAGAGUGAAGGCCGAGGAAUAUCUGAGAACGUGUGACUUGUUUGAUGCCAUCGAACAAUGUCAGCUCAUUUGUAUCUUCAAUCGACUUCCAAAUCUCAAAAAGUUCCUCCACAAUCAGAAUGGAUGUGGAAGAGUUGUCGGAUUGAAGUGUGAUGAGUGUGAGAAGGAAAAGAAGACUCCAGAAGUCCAAAUUUCGUCUCAAAACGAUUCACAAAUGGAGUUGAUUGAGAUAAAGAAAGAAUUGGAAGAUCUGAAGAAGAACUACGAGAAAGCUGUAGAGUCUGAAUCCAAAUUGAAGGAAGAACUGGAAAAGGAGACUCUGGAAAAGGAGAAAAAUCGAGAGACAAUUCUCACGUUGAAGGCUGAAAAUGCCGCUAAUGAGAGAGUAAUUCAACAGCUACUCGAUAAAUUGAAACCAAUUCGUAGCAAUGAAGACCGUCAAAAUGCCGUUGAAGAAGCUCCGUUUUCCAAUAUGAUGUAG